AACUGCAGCAUAAUGAGCACAGUUGUCUUGUCAUCGUGGUUUAAGAAAAAUCAGCAAUAUUUUAUUAAAAAAAAAAAUAAUUCAGCUACAUUUGAACAUCUGAGAAAUGUCUGCAACUAAGUUCAUUCUAGCUAUCGCCUUUUGCGCUUUAUACACUUCAGCCAAAGCGUAUCCUCUUACGGAGGACGCUGCUGCUGCAAGGAGUUCUAUUGAAGGAGGUCCCAUCAUCUUACUUAUACGUAAUGCACGAUCACCCUCGCCCUCAUCUGAGGAAUCUUCUCAAGACAAACAACAAGAAGGUGAUCACGGUCGAGUGGAGCUGAAAUAUGAAGAUACGGAGCGUGGACGAGAGGGUAGUUUCAAGUACAAUCAUAAUUUACUGAAAAGUGAUGAUGGUAGUUACAGUGUUGAUGCUUAUGCUAAGGCUAGACGAAACUACGAUUGGAAUCAGAAUGAUUUCCAAGGUGGUCUGGAAGGACGCUGGGAGUUCAAAGGUUAAACAAGUUUCAUGUAAAGAGAAAAAUAAAUAAAAAUAUAAACUAAAAGCAAAGCAAAUAAAAUAUUCGUAUUGACUUUUCAAAUUCCAGAAAAUAAUCCAAAUAAGAGAAGUUAAGCCUUUAGACUAGGAGGCAAUAAGUGAUAAACUGGCAAACUUAUUUACUAAUUUGUCUGUGGUAGGAAUGUGCAUAACUCAAUUCCAGCACUUAAAAAUAAUGAACUAAUUUAUUUUGGCAUGAGACUCGAUAAGCGCUUAGUAAAAUGUGUUAAAAGUGAUUAUUAUUAUUAUUUUAUUUU